CGCUCCCCAACGGUGAAAAAUAUACAGAAACUUCUUCUUCGUAUAGGCUCCGCCACCUCCGGCAAGAAAGAUGUCCUCUUAUCACGACUGCAGAAAGACAUGCGAAUUUCUAAAAUACCCGACUCGGACAACUGGACGAAACGUACGAGAAUUCUGAGCAUCGACAUGGGGAUCAAGAAUCUGGCGUUCUGCGUCGCAGACGUACGGCUUUCUAGCGAAGAGAGCAGUGCAACGACAAUGGAGAUCAGAGCUUGGCGCCGAUUAGACGUCGUCGAAGAAGUAUCCAAGAGAUCGGGCAUCAAGAAACGCGAGUUCGCGAAAGAGGGCACGGGGGAAGACGAAGAACGCCCGGAUCCAUAUGCGCCGUCCAGUCUAUCCGACACAGCGUACACGCUUCUAAAGCGAUCACUGCUCACUUACGCACCCGAUAUCAUCUUAAUCGAGCGCCAGCGGUGGCGCAGCUCAGGCGGGAGUGCGAUUCAGCAGUGGACCGUGAGGGUGAAUACGCUAGAAGGAAUGCUGUGGGCUAUUCUAACCGCUUUACGUACCGAGUGUAGGAUUACUACGCGUCGAGAGGAUUUUAAGAAGUACAAUUAUCGGAUUUUUGGCGUGGAUCCGAAGCGUGUUGGUGGGUUUUGGCUCGGUGAUCGGGGCAAGGUUGAGGGGGUGAAAAGGCGGAGCAAGAAGGAGGGGGCGGAGGAAGUGGGUUUGGGCCCUGAGAGUGAAACUGAAGAUGGUGUGGGAUUGGAGGGCGGUGGCAAAGCAGGUGGGAAGCUGAGCCGUGGGAAGGCGGAGAAGAAAGCCAAAAUAUGGCUGCUGCGUUCAUGGUUGGAUCGGGAGCCUCCAUCGACCGCCUUAUCGAAACACACAAAACCAUCUCCGGACGAAGAAGAAGUACCCGCAGCUCAAGCAUAUAUAUCGUUCUCCUUCUUUCAUCACGCCGAAGCGACACGUCAAACGCUCCUCUACGCCACAGAUGCAGCGUCCGAGCGUUCGAAACGCACAAACAUUCGCAAAGGUGACGUGAAAAAGGUGGAUGAUAUUACAGAUUGCUUUUUGCAAGCGGCGGCGUGGGUCGCCUGGGAAGAGAACAGAAGAGCUAUUUAU